GAGAGAGAGAGAGAGAGUGAGAGAGGGAGCAAAGGCGAAGCAGCCAACAACCGGAGGCGGCCGAGAGAGACGAAGCUCUUGAGAGAAUUGGGAGAGGGAGAGAGAGGGAGGGAGGAGGACGAUGGAACAGGUGGAGGCGUGCUCGUCUUCUUCCUCCACGACCCUGAUGAGGCAGUGCAGGAUUUGCCAUGACGAGGAGGACGAGGGCGGCGCGACCACCAUGGAGUCGCCGUGCGGGUGCUCCGGCUCCCUCAAGUACGCGCACAGGGGAUGCGUGCAGCGCUGGUGCGACGAGAAGGGGAGCACCCUCUGCGAGAUUUGCCUUCAGAAUUUCGAGCCUGGCUACACCGCUCCUCCCAAGAAAAACCAACCUGCUGAUGUCGCGGUCACCAUCAGAGAGAGCCUGGAGGUGCCCAGGAUGGACUACGAGCCGGCAGCGGAGGAGGACGUCGACGCGGCGGUGGCCGGCGCCGGCGACCCGGAGUACGCCGAGUGCGCCCGCGCCGCCGACAGGAGCGCGUCCUGGUGCCGCUCGGUGGCCGUGACGUUCACGGUCGUGCUGCUGCUGAGGCACCUGGUCACCGUGGCGACGGUCGGAGCGGCGAACCAGUUCGCCUUCAGCCUCCUCACGGUGUACUUGCUGCGGGCGAGUGGGAUCCUGCUGCCGUUCUACGUCGUCAUGAGGCUCAUCUCCGUGAUCCAGCAGGGUCAGCGGCAGUACCGCCUGCAGGUCCUCCAGGAGCAGAGGAGACACGCGUUGAGAAUGGCCCGGCUGCAGGGUCAGGAACAGCAGCAGCAUGUCAUCCUGGUUCGCUGAGGAAGAAGACGGCAUUCAUCAAGUGUACAUGUCUUGUACAAGGCUGUAAAAUGUACCACUACAUUGUUCAGGGGGGCACCGGGGAAAGCGAGCAUUGUUUACAAGCUUCCGUUUAUGUGCGUACAUCACUUGCAAUGAAAGCUGCAUCAACCUGAGUACUUGACGUCGCCGCAUGCCUAAAACCUGGAAAAAAAAUCCUGCUCAAGAGGUCGACAAAAGAAGCAUUGGAUUACUGUUGAGUCCGUCCACCCUGUUGUUCAUGAAUUAGUAUGAUGUACUGAUGUGGUACUACCACCGCAAUGUAAAUAAGAGCACGACAGUGAUCCUGCAUGGAUCCACCCACCAACAUCAUUCCCUUUUCAGUUUUCGCUUCAUUUGAUGGUGGGCCCACGGCAAUCCCUCUGUCCUAGUGAGGACCACGAAUGUUGUUUAGCACAAACAUAAACACAGCAACAAUGCUUCCUGCUAAACUCAUAUGUAUGAGUGACUCUUGCGACCGGUUCCGACCACCUGAAGAUAUUUCGCUCUGUUCUGCUGGCGACCAGCAGCAAUGUUUUUCUUUCACAUCAAAUCAGCAGCAGCCAGCCAGCAGUACUUUUCUCUCAAAGUAAAUUAGCACCACCAACCGCCAGCCACAACCAGCUGAACAGAGCGAAUCUAGCAAUUCCGAUCAUGUUUUGUCAAUUUAUAUUGGUUGGUCAGACAUCUUUGUAAGGAGUAACUCCAAUGAUACAAUGUUGUCAACAUAUAUGGUUGGUUAGACAUCUUUAUAAGGAGUAACUGUGCAGCAACAAGUGGCUCCCAACUUCUUGGUAGGAUUUGUGAACUCUGUCUCUCGAUCUUUCCCCCCGCUAUAGUGUAGAAGGGCGAAUCCGAGGCGACUCCUUCUCCGCCGCCGAUCUCGCUGGCUCUCCACCGCGUCCGGCUGCCCGGCGAGCGUCGGAGGUGGUGGAGAGCUGCGGAUCCGGCGGCCGGUGUACAAUUUUUCAGCUUUCUAGGUCUAGGUUAGGGUUAGGAAGUGGUGGAUCCAUCUCCUCUUCAGCGUCGGCGCUGGAUGAGGUCCUUUGUCUCCUUGGAGUCGUGUCCGGCGACGGCACGGGUGGUUUCGCCUUCGGCGGCUGCGGGCUGAGGCGUUUCGCCGGCGGUCGGAGGCGGAGCUUCAUCGACCUCGCCGGGGAUGUAGGGGUGAGGCGUCCUGGACGUCUUCCCCUGGGUGUCUUCGGUGGCGGCGGCGAUGGCCAAGGGGGGAUUCCGGUUUUCCUUCCUGUUGAUGGCUCUCCGGGCGUCGUCGACGGUGAGGAAAUUUUGCUCCUCCGCAGCGGUUCUGUCUGCGGCCACCGUGUGAGGUUUGUGGUCUCUCUCUCUUUUUGCGAAAGGAGGGAUGAUCUGGGCGUCCCCUUGGGAUGUUCCCUCCGGGCCAUCGGCGCCGGUGGCGCCGGCUCUGGGUUCGUGGGCGAUCGGUUCCGAGGAAGAUGGUGUUCUUGGUGUGCUUCCAUUUUCUCUGGCAAGGAUGCGGCUGAUGUGCCACAGUGGUGCUAGAUUCGUCGCGGACUGUGGUUCGUGGCGUUGGAUUAUGCAGCGUUUCCAUGUGUUGGAGCUCCUUGACGGCGAGAUGGACCUUCCCAAGCUUGGCGGCGUCGGCAGUCGUCAGCGAUCGUUGUGGAAGACGGCGGAGAAGCUCUUGAGGGCCUUUGUUGUAAUUUUCGUUUUUAUGAGGGUCUUCUUUGCUUUAUGGGGAUGUACGGUGCUUCAAGUUUAAUACCAUUUCUUCCUUUCGCAAAAAAAAAAA